GGUUCUCGCUCCUCGACUUUCGCCUCGCCCCGGCCAUGGACCACGGUGCCUUACGGCCCUUUGGCGUCAAUCAUUCCCCCCAUUGAACCACACCUCCAUCUACUACUCGUCCUACUGACCCAACUACUGCUUGCUUCUCGAGGAAACGGUUCACGACCGCAUAUACACGACCAAGCUCUUGCAGAAUUUGGCAUUGCGAGAGAUCCUAGUUCUGCCACUCCUUUGGCAAAGAUAUUUUCAGCACUGGCUUAUUGUGUCGUGCCCCUCUAUCUUCACAUUCCUGAUUCAGUGAUUAUUCACUGUUCGCAUUCGCCCGACUUGCGCUUGCGUGGGUCGAAUUGGCCAACUGCGACCCAUCCCUCAGCCUUCUCUUCCUACCUUUUGUUCCACCACCUCUCUUUCUCGAUUGCGCCCUGAACAAUUCUCCGUCGCAAAACCGUUGACCUCUCGACCGCUCACAGUACAAGCCGUGCAAAUUAAACCUAAACUGCGUCAAUUCAGCCCUCACUGCCCGCAUUCGCGUCCUCCACCAGGCGCCGUGCCCACGAUACAGACCAAGAGGCCUGCUCCUUACUCGAUUGCGAAUAUGUGAUGGUACUGUUUCAUGAGCCGUCGAUGUGUCCAGCUUUUCGUUGUCAGAGCUGGUCACCUUGACGAACUCGUCACAAACUGUGAUGGAAAGAUAACCGUUGCUCCUGGCCUUUUGCGACAAAAUGUCCCAAGGCAUGACCAAGAGACCCCCGGAAUUUACAGACUUGCCCAGAGGCAAGCAGUUCCCUUCGCAUAUCCUUGCUCAACUGGAUGAGCGUUUCAAGCACCUCAGCGACACCAUUCUCCCUCCACAACCCUACCUACUUUCUGUUCCCUCCGACGUUCCCUACCGUCACAGCUCGCGCUUCGUAAAUACAUGGUAUGAGGGCACCCCGUUCGACCGCAAAGAAGAGCAGCUUCAAUACCUCAGCUUCCUUCCGCAUUCGGGUGAGCACGAAGCUUUGUUGAAAGUCGAGGGCGGGUGGGCAGACGACCACGGGAAUCCUAUUGUUGAAGAAGAACUCUCCCCAAAGGCCCUCCCAGCAAGUGGCCGCCAUACCCCAGCAGACACAGGCAAUCGCAAGAAGAUCAGCUUGAAGGACUAUAAGACAAAGGCCAGAAGUCCCCCUCAGCCUGCAUCAGAACCUCAACCUCCAAAGAAAAUUGAGACGCCAGCCAACAUACCCUUGAGCGUAGGAAAGGGAAAGGACGCUACGCAACCUUUGGAGAAGAAGCAAGAGAAACAGCCGACUGCCCCGGAGAGUAACGGAGUCAAAGAUCAUCAGGUGAAGGUUUCACGAAUGGACGGCCAGAACUCGCCCAAAAUACCUCCCAUGAUGCAGCAAGCCAACUCCCCGAAUCCUGCCAAGCGAAGAAAGCUCUCUCCGGCGGUUGAGGAUCCCAAACCUGGCACAAAGACCUCGAAAGUUGAACAGCAGUCUUCCACUAUGAAAAUGCCCCGGUUACUCUCCCCUACUCUGCCUUCACCCGAGAAGGAGAGCAGCCUACCACAGCUAUUGUCUCCGGUCCUGCCUCCGUCGCUUGCCAAGGUUUUGUCAACUCCCCCAGACACCACGUCAAUUGGAAGUCCUGCCAGUGGUGUGCCUAAGCGAUCAGAUCCCGUACGCGCGAUCCUCGCAGGUGCCGACCUAGACAUUGAACCUUCAGGCGAGCGAAGUGGAUUACCCCCAGGUGGGAGUAGAAUACGCUCCGACAGCCAGCACUCUGCCCGGAGUAGCGCCCCAGGAACCCCUAAUGCCACCAAGGGAGCCCUUGGAGCGAAGAUUCUGGCGAAGAAUGGCAUAAGAGGUGGGACACCCCUACACAAUGGCGUGCGAGCCAGCCCUGGCCCUCGACAAAGGCAUACAAUCAUUCUGAAGUACGGCAAAAAGAAUAGAAAGAGGGUCGAAGCGCUCCUCAAGUUCGCGUCUCGGCCGAAGAAGGAUCUUUUGAAAAACGAGGCGCCGGAACCCCAAACCAACUCUGACAUGCACGCAAGGAAGGAGACCUCCAGAAAAGACCCUCCAGAAACUCAACCUGCUGUUGAGGUCAAGCCGACACCGCCUACCAUCGAUGAUGUCAAGCUGGAGAAGAAAAGGAAGACCGAGGACAACAGUCCUGGGCCGUCUCUGAAGAAGGUCAAGGUGGUUGAUGCCGAGGCUCGCCCUGUCACCCCAGUUCCUCCGGCCGGUAAGACCUCCGCGUCGGCUCAGUCAAAAUCAACGUUUUCUACCCCUAAGAAGGAGCUUAAAUCUACUCUGAUGAGACGUGUUGAGUCGUCGGAGGGUGUUGACGCCCCGACUCCUACUGGGGACAAAUUGAGGGUGUCAACGCCACAAGCGGUGCCGAAGCCAUCUCCCCGGACUCGUGUGAGUCCUACAUCUUCGCGGGAAGAGGAGCGGCAACAGUGGACUAGCAUCAACCUAAAGUUCUUUGCCUUGGGCCGUUCUCUCAAGCAUGAAGGAUCGGCUCUGCUACCCCCUCCCGACAGUGAUACGAAGCCAUCUCAACACGCAAAAGCGGUGCUGCAGGUGAUUGAAGCGCUGUUGUGCUUCAUGAUCAACAUCUCCGCGCAAUCCCACGCCCGUCCAAAUAUCGAUCCAGGCUGGAGAUCAAUCAUUCUGUAUCACAUCUUCGUGUUUCGUGCGUCAAGGAAAUUUCCACACCUCCACGGUCUGGUCGUUCAACUUGGCGCAGUAUGUCGGCAACUUGUACAUAAAUAUGACAUGGACAGGUUGGCACGGGAUCCUCUGCCUGACGACCAUUGCAACUCCGCGCCCACGCCUGGCAGUGAUGGUAACACCAAGACGAACGAGGAUGGGGAAAAGUACAAAAAGCGAUAUGUUGAGUUCAGGGAUGAGUUGAUCCAGAAUGCCCGUGAACUGCAGACUGCAUGGCUGGAUGGAUCACGCCAGCUAUCGCCCGACCUGCUGAAGCGGGAGUAUCCCAAGACUUGGUCGAAGCGAGCGAAGGAUUCGAGCGUGAGACUGCAAGAGAAACUGACGCCAUCGAGGAUUCCGCAAGACUUCUAUCUGCCGAUGGAUGCAAAUACUACCGCUUUUGAGGCAGCGAGAUUCGGUGUGUCUUUUCUUCAGGAAUGGGCAGAGAAAGAAAAGAUCGACUGGAAGACGAGGAUUGAUCUGUGAUAGUGGAAGUGAAUCAAGUGUUGCAACCGAAAGGACGUUACGACCGGAUAUGAUUUCAACUAUUCAGGGAAGAGGUUUUAGUUAUACAAUCGGAUAGUCGGCCGUCGGCCGUCGGCAUAUGCUGCUUUUUUGAAACGUUAGAAGAUACCACACGAGCGAUGAAAAGAGCCGAUUUCAAGUUGACUGGAUUGCAUAUUGCGUAUACAUUAGCGGCUCUAUAUUGUGGUCACGUAGGGCUGUUAA